AUACUUUGACCUACAGUCAGAUAUUUUGGUUUGAAUGUGGAACACAUUGCACAAGAACUUUGAAGCUCAAAAAGCACAUAAAUGAAGCUUAAACAGCAAGGAAGUGUGUUAUAACUUCUGCAUACAUUACUUGAUCUCGAUGAAACUUAAGCAGUUUCUUCACUUGAAGAGGCCGGUCGCGUGGAUGUGACUAUUGUGAGUCAAAGUUAUAGCGCCACCAACUGGCAGAAGGAAGUGUGUCACUUUCAAAAUGCUUUGAAUUCACCCCCUUAUGUCUCAAUUGAACAAACAGUUGAUAAAGAAAUCGGUAUCAAUAUAUUGAAUUAUGAAUUAUUUCACUGAUCAACUGUGAUGUCCGGUUAAGAUGAAAAUAAACUAUUACUCUGUCUAAGCGAUUAUCUUUCUGAAACACGUCACAAAAACUUACAGAAACGGAUAACACAAACAUGACGUUGGAAAUAUACACUUAUCAGUAUAGUUAUAUUAAACUUGUCUAUUUCAGUUAUAAAGCUGUCUCAUAUGUAAUUUCUCCUUUAAUUCUAUAAUAUAACCACUAGAUGGAGGUCUAAGCACAUUUUCUGUAUUCUCGUUGUUUUAACGUAAGAAGAACACUUGUACGUGUUGACUGUUGAGAACGGUGUUUGGAGAUUUUAAAAGACGCGGACCAGACGGAAAAACAAGACAUACUGCAUCAUUGCGUUCAAUAUUUUAACGAGGGCCACUCGUACGCUGUACACGGUGUAAGCAUCAGCUUGAGGACUCUUCAAAAUGUAUAUAGGUCUCAGUUCUGGAUGGAGUUAUUUGCAGACCUUAGAGAUGCUGGAUACUUCAACGGGAGUCGUGAGCGUCAUUGCUUUGGUGAUACAAUAAAAAAAUACUCUACAAAAAAAAAAAAAAAAAAAAAAAAAACAGGGUUUCCACGGGGUCUUAAAAAGUCUAAAAUUUCAAAAUCACAAUUUAAGGCCUUAAAAAGUCUUAAAUUUGCUGAAGUAUUGUGUUCUAGGUCUUAAAUAAUUUUUAACAGGUCUUAAUUUUCCUACGUCCAUGUAAAUCUCAUUUAAAUGCUCCCGCAGCGCUUUGGAAUGUUUCUUUUUUUUACUUCCGUGGUGUUGUAGUUUCUUAUUUCGCUAGUCCAAAUAUAAUUCGCUGUAUUAUGACUACAAAAUAGACCAACAUGCAACAGCCAGCUUUGAGCUUUCGUGUUAUUGGCGCGAGUCUCUCGGAUACAACAGAAAGACGUUAAACGGAUUUUAUUCAGCUAUGAGGAAGUGCAAGUUUAGCGAUACUUGGCUUGAAAAAUCUGAAUUUCGUGCUUGGUUAAACCCAGUUGCAAAUAACGCAUUUGAAGCCUACUGCUUAUGCAAGAAAGCUAUUAAAUUGGGAAUGUUGGGUGUACGGGCGCUGGAGUCUCAUUCAAAAAGUGAAAAAUAUCUAACUGCUGUCAAGGGUCUCCAGCAAACUACAGCCAUCCAGCCAUUACGCGCUUUGGAAUAGCGGAUGAUGACUAAUUUCCAAAAUCACGGGACCGUUCGUGCUGAUGUUCGACGAAAGUCUUCAUCGCACCACCAAAAUGAAACAGCUGGACCUGCACGUACGUUUUUCGUCUGCUGCGAAUGGGUCGAGACUGCAAUAAAUAAAAAUAAAAAGGAAUAGGCUACAAUGAAUGAUCUAUGGCAGGGCUAGUAUAAUGGUGGCCCCCAGAUCAUCUUUAUCUGACCCUCCAACAGUUUUUUUUAUUUUUAAAAACCCUCACAAUCUGAUAUCAAAGUGCCCUCUCAGCAAAGGUUUAGUGCGUUCAUAGGCAACCGCAUUCAUCGGUGAGUUUAACAACGCUCAUUGUGGCGUACAACACCAUUCAUCGGUGAGUUUAACAACGCUCAACUGCAGGUAAAGCAGCACUCAGAGGAAUUAAGACGAAGGAGAAUCGAAGUCAAUGUGGAGCUCCGAAAGGCAAAGAAAGAUGAUCAGAUGUUGAAAAGGAGAAAUGUCAACUGUGUUUCAGAUGAUGCUGCCUCUUCAACAAAAGAACAGACCCAGAAUGCACAGUCAUCACAGCACUGGAGCAUCGAGGAGAUUUUCUGGGGCAUAAACAGCCAAACCCUCGAUCAUCAGUUACAAGCCACACAAGCGGCAAGGAAGCUACUCUCAAGAGAAAAGAAUCCCCCAAUCGACCAGAUUGUGGAUGCUGGCCUUGUUGCUAAAUUUGUGAGUUUUCUGGAAUUGGUUGAGUGUCCUCCAAUCCAAUUUGAGGCAGCCUGGGCCCUUACCAAUAUUGCCUCUGGGACUUCAGAGCAGACCAAGGCUGUGGUGGAGGGCGGUGCAAUCCCUGCCUUCAUCAUUCUGAUUUCCUCACCUCAUCCUCACAUCAGUGAGCAAGUCAUCUGGGCACUGGGUAACAUUGCAGGUGAUGGGGCAGCAUACAGAGACAAAGUGAUCAUGCAUGGGGCCGUAGAUCAACUGGUAUCUCUUCUUGGCAUCUCUGACCUGUCUAACUACAAACUCAGCUACCUAAGGAAUGUCACCUGGACUCUCUCAAACCUGUGUAGAAAUAAAGACCCAGCUCCACCGAUGGCUGCAGUUGUGAAAUUGCUGCCUGCACUGCUCCGGCUUCUUCAGCAUGAUGACAGAGAGGUUCUGGCUGACACUUGCUGGGCUGUUUCUUACCUAACUGAUGGGCCCAAUGAGCGCAUUGAGCUGGUGGUACAAGCUGGUCUUGUGACUCGUUUGGCACAGCUCCUUGGAUGUGGGGAUAUCGCUAUUGUGACCCCAUCCUUGAGAGCAGUGGGUAAUAUAGUGACUGGUACAGAUGAGCAGACCCAGAGUGUACUAAACGCAGGGGCUUUAGCUGCUUUCCCUGUGUUACUUCGUCAUCAAAAGAACAAUAUUCAGAAAGAGGCUGUGUGGACACUGUCUAACAUCUCAGCAGGGAAGGACUCACAAAUUCAGGAGGUCAUCAACGCUGGCCUGGUGCCUCUGCUUGUGGAAGUUCUCAAGCUGGGAGACUUUAAGACACAGAAGGAGGCAGUAUGGGCCAUCACAAACUACACCAGUGGUGGGACAGUGGAACAGAUUGUGUAUCUCAUUCAGUGCAAUGUCCUUGUGCCUUUACUUAACUUGCUGUCAGUCAAAGAUGGCAAGAUGAUAUUGGUUGUCCUGGAUGGCAUUUCCAAUAUUUUCAUGGCUGCAGAUAAGAUGGGAGAGACAGAGAAAUUGUGUUUAAAGAUAGAGGAGUCUGGUGGACUGGACAAGAUUGAAGCUCUGCAGACACAUGAAAAUGAGAUGGUGUACAAAGCUGCUCUCAACCUGAUUGAAAAAUACUUUGGGGGAGAGGAGGAAGAUGAAUCAGUUGCUCCAGGAAACACUUCAGAGAGUUACUCCUUUAAGUUAGCUAAUAACGGAAGCACUUUCAACUUUUAAAACACUUCUUUUCAUUUACUCCUUUUAUUUGAUUUUUUUUUAUUUUUUUUAUUUGCAAGCAUUUUCUUAAAGCCGAUCUGUACAUGAAGACUAUGCCUUUUUAAGUUUAAUGUAAAUAAAUAUUUUAAUAGCGUUUCCCUUGAUGUCUUGUUGUGUAUCAUUUGGUUACUGAUGUUAGGGAUGGAAUUGGUCUGCAUAGAUUGUAUCAAACUGUCUUAAAUGAAAUCUGUUUA